UCCUGCGUGGACACCCAUCAGGGGGAAUUUGCUCCUUCGGUCACAGCAGGGCUGGCGCUGAUGGUGCAGCGCUCACAGCAACUCGUUUUACUCUCCCAUCCCAACCGAGCCAGUCCCACGGGCUUCCUGGUGCUUUUUGCUCCUCCAGGCUCUUUGCUUUCAGGACAAAGGUUUUGUCUCUUUCCAGGUCUCAAAGCCCUGCGACCAGCUUUCCUGUGUCACCACCCCAGGCAGGCCACCAAGCUCCAGGAGGAGGACCCUGAGGACUCUGAUGAAGAAUGGGCUCCAAGGCAGCAAGGCAACAUCCAGGGUGCCAUUAAGCAAUGAAUACAGUUUGAAAGAAUUGUCAGGAACAGCAAAUUUCAUGACUGCAAGUGACUCAGAGCAGGCCCAGAAACCAGUGUCCCCUCCUGGAGAAACACGUGCCUUUGGAAAGCACACUAGACAAAAAUCGGACCUCAGGAGAAAGGAGAUGGACGUGAAGAUGUACAGCCUACAAGAAAGAAAGGACUGUGUGUACCAAGAGGUCACCGAGCCCCAGGAUGAUGACUACCUUUAUUGUGAGAACUGUCAGAACUUCUUCAUCGACAGCUGUGCUGUGCAUGGGCCCCCUGCAUUUGUAAAGGACAGUGCAGUGGACAAGGGGCAUCCCCACCGCUCAGCCCUCACCCUCCCCCCUGGGCUGAGAAUCGGGCCAUCCUGCAUCCCUGAGGCUGGGCUUGGAGUGUGGAAUGAGGCAGCUGAUUUGCCAGUGGGUCUGCACUUUGGCCCUUAUGAAGGACACAUCACAGAAGAUGAAGAGGCAGCCAAGAGCAGAUACUCCUGGCUGAUCACCAAAGGGAGAAACUGCUAUGAGUAUGUGGAUGGAAAGGACAGAUCCUGGGCCAACUGGAUGAGGUUUGUGAACUGUGCCCGGGAUGAUGAAGAGCAGAACCUGGUGGCCUUUCAGUACCACAGGCAGAUUUUCUACCGAACCUGCCGUGUCAUUAGGCCGGGCCAUGAGCUGCUGGUCUGGUGCGGGGACGAGUAUGGCCAGGAGCUGGGCAGCAAGUGGGGCGGCAAGUGGAAAAGAGAGCCCGUGGCCGGAAGAGCAGAACCAAAGCCAGAGGUGCACCCAUGUCCCUCCUGCUCUCUGGCCUUCUCCAGUCAGAACUUCCUCAGCCGACACGUGAAACUCAAUCAUCCCUCUCAGAUUCUCCAGGGAACAUCUGCAAGAAAACAGCUCCAAGCAGAGGAACCCUGUCCAGAGGAUCAGAAUCAGCAGCAGCAACAUACUAGUAUGCACAGCUGGAAUGAUAAAGCUGAAGGUCAAGAGGUCAAAGAAAGGUCCAAACAUUUGCUUACAAGGAUCAGUCAAAGGAGAAUCUCAAAACCCUUUUUCCAACCAUCCAAAGAACAAAUGAGCUCUAGUGAGCACGAGAGACUGAUGGAAGAAGAGCCCCGGAGAGGCCAGAAAGAGAACCCAGAGGACACAGGCAAGUUCUUUGUGAAAGGAGGAAUGUCAAAGAUUGUAACAAUCGAGCAUGGAGGGUGUUGGCAAGGCAUUGAUGAUGGAUCACAUCUCAUCACACAUCAGGUGACACAGUCUGGGGAGAAGCCCUAUGUUUGCAGGGAGUGUGGACGAGGCUUUACAUGCAAGUCACAUCUCACCAGACACCACAGGACACACUCUGGGGAGAAGCCCUAUGUUUGCAGGGAGUGCAGGCGAGGCUUUACACGCAAGUCACAUCUCAUCACACACCAGAGGACACACUCUGGGGAGAAGCCCUAUGUUUGCAGGGAGUGCAGGAGAGGCUUUACAUGCAAGAGAAGUCUCAUCACACACCAGAGGACACACUCUGGGGAGAAGCCCUAUGUUUGCAGGGAGUGCAGGCGAGGCUUUACAUGCAAGACAAGUCUCAUCACACACCAGAGGACACACUCUGGGGAGAAGCCCUAUGUUUGCAGGGAGUGCAGGCGAGGCUUUACAUGCAAGAAAAGUCUCAUCACACACCAGAGGACACACUCUGGGGAGAAGCCCUAUGUCUGCACGGAGUGCGGGCGAGGCUUUGCAUGCAAGUCAGAUCUCACCAGACACCACAGGACACACUCUGGGGAGAAGCCCUAUGUUUGCAGAGAGUGCAGGCGAGGCUUUGCAUGCAAGAGAGAUCUCAUCACACACCAGAGGACACACUCUGGGGAGAAGCCCUAUGUUUGCAGGGAGUGUGGUCGAGGCUUUACAUGCAAUUCACAUCUCAUCACACACCAGAGGACACACUCUGGAGAGAAGCCCUAUGUUUGCAGGGAAUGCAGGCGAGGCUUUACACGGAAGUCAUAUCUCAUCUCACACCAGAGGACACACUCUGGGGAGAAGCCCUAUGUUUGCAGGGAGUGCGGGCAAGGCUUUGCACGCAAGAGAAGUCUCAUCACACACCAGAGGACACACUCUGGGGAGGAGCCCUAUGUUUGCAGGGAGUGCGGGCGAGGCUUUACAUGCAAGACACAUCUCAUCACACACCAUAGGACACACUCUGGGGAGAAGCCCUAUGUUUGCAGGGAGUGCGGGCGAGGCUUUACAUGCGAGAGAAAUCUCAUCAGACACCAGAGGACACACUCUGGGGAGAAGCCCUAUGUUUGCAGGGAGUGCGGGCGAGGCUUUACAUGCAAGUCAAAUCUCCUCACACACCAGAGGACACACUCUGGGGAGAAGCCCUAUGUUUGCAGGGAGUGUGGGCGAGGCUUUGCAUGCAAGUCAGAUCUCAUCAAACACCAGAGGACACACUCUGGGGAGAAGCCCUAUGUUUGCAGGGAGUGUGGACGAGGCUUUACAUGCAAGUCACAUCUCAUCAGACACCAGAGGACACACUCUGGGGAGAAGCCCUAUGUUUGCAGGGAGUGCGGGCGAGGCUUUACAUGCCAGUCACAUCUCAUCACACACCAUAGGACACACUCUGUGGAGAAGCCCUAUGUUUGCAGGGAGUGCAGGCGAGGCUUUGCAUGCAAGUCAGUUCUCAUCACACACCAGAGGACACACUCUGGGGAGAAGCCCUAUGUUUGCAGGGAGUGCGGGCGAGGCUUUACAUGCCAGUCCAAUCUCAUCACACACCAGAGGACACACUCUGGGGAGAAACCCUAUGUUUGCUUGGAGUGUGGGCGAGGCUUUGCAUGGAAGUCAGUUCUCAUCACACACCAGAGGACACACUCUGGGGUGAAGCCCUAUGUUUGCAGGGAGUGCGGGCGAGGCUUUGCAUGCAAGUCAGAUCUCACCAGACACCACAGGACACACUCUGGGGAGAAGCCCUAUGUUUGCAGGGAGUGUGGGCGAGGCUUUGCAUGCAAGUCACAUCUCAUCACACACCAGAGGACACACUCUGGGGAGAAGCCCUAUGUUUGCAGGGAGUGCGGGCGAGGCUUUGCAUGCAAGUCACAUCUCAUCAGACACCAGACGAGACACUGGGGAGAAGCCCUAUGUUUGCAGGUGGAGUGAGUGAGUCAUGAGAUUAAGUCACAUAUCAAUAGCCAUAGGAAGUCCACAGCCUAUUACUCCCCCAAGAUUGUAAUUAGUAUAGAAGUAACUGGUUAAAUAAACCUUCCAGUUUCAUUACAAGAGUUGAAAUGGACAAACAAUUAUUCCAUAGUGAUAUGGGGAUGUCAGCACCAAACUCGUUCAUGGUUUUUUGACCUAUUCUAAAAUGUUUUGUCUCCAUACACAUCUCUCGUUUUCCCCAUCACUGAAAGCAGAGGAUUCCUAAAGAGCCACAAAGAGCUCAUACUGUCAGCCACAGAAAUUCAA